UCUCUUCUUUCUCCGUUCCACACUUCCAAAUUCUCCAUGGAUCGUUCUGUGAAUCUCCUGGAUUUAGCUUUAGGGUUUAACGAGCAGCAGCUACCUAACCAAUCGCCACUAAAUGGGAAAGUAGUACUAAUCGAAGACUGUGUAGAGACGAGUGGUUCGUUUGUGCUUCACCAGCUGAUGAAACGUGUUUUCUCUCCUUCUUCCUCUGACGCUCUUAUCUUUCUCGCUUUUGCUCGCCCUUUCUCUCAUUAUGAUCGAAUCUUGCGUAAACUGGGAUGUAAUUUAGCUACCCAUAAGACGAAUAAUAGAUUGGUGUUCUUUGACAUGCUCAUGAUUAAGUGCUCAGUAGAUGGGGAUAAAAUGGAAGACAAUGUGAGUGCAGUUGCGAAACUAUUUCGGGAGAUACAAGAUGCCGUUCGAAAGCUACAGAGUGUAACAAGUGGUAACAUAACCGUUAUGGUGGAUGAUAUGUCUCUUCUGGAAAUUGCUACUACUGGCAGCAAUUCAGAUCACGUCUUGGACUUCUUACACUACUGCCACACCUUAAGUUCUGAAAGCAAUUGUUCAUUGGUCAUUCUCAAUCAUGAAGAUAUAUACGCAAGCAUGGAGAGACCUGCAUAUUUGCUACAGAUGGUAUGCCUAGCAGAUGUUGUGAUAAAGGCAGAGCCUUUGGCCUCUGGUUUAGCAAAUGAUGUACAUGGCCAAUUGACUGUUCUGAACAAGGGGAUAAGCAACUCAGGUCGAGGUAACUCGAGGAACAAAUUGCAGAACUUUCAAUUCAGGAUCAAGGAAAACGGUAUCGACUAUUUCUAUCCUGGUUGCAGAAGCUGAUGAUUAGAGACCCUUUUUGAGAGAUAUUUAAUGGUGUGGUAGUGAAAUGCAUCAAGAAGUUUUGUUUUCUUCUCAUGAGGAAGCUACUACAUUUAGGUUGAAAACAUUCUGUACUCUGCUCAACAUUUUAUCUGGUUGUCAGUUUAUUACAUUACUUCGCUAUGAGUCAAACACCCUAUUACUUGGUGUGUCUCCCAUGAUCAA